CUGCAUUUCCGCGUCCCGGGCGGGUCCGCGAGCGGGUUGGGAGUCGCUGUCCGACUGCGGUUCUCGGUUGUUCCUGCGACCUCAUGGCCAUGUGGUUUCAGACGCGGUAUCUCCGCUCACUGCUGCGGUCUGCCCCCGCCGGCCCCGCCUCCCUCACCCUCCACCUCCUGGGGAUUCCGCGCGGGACUCGCCGGGAAGCCCCAGUGGGGGAGGGCGAGCGCUGCCCGGCACCGCUGAGAGGGCUUUGCGGGCGCUGCCCGGCAGAGCCUGGGGGUCGCGCCGCGGGUGGGGUCCGGAAAGCCCUCGCCAGGUCUGGGCUUCCCCGCCGCCCCCGGGAUGACGCAGCCAAACCCCCCGGGGGCGGCCGCUAAGGGCCGGCGCCCGGCGCCCCGCGCGCACUCCAGCGAGCCGCGCCGCCACGCACUGACCCAUGGCAGCGGCGCGGGCGGGCCAGGUGCUCCUGCCGGCCGCGCUGCUGGCGCUGGCGCUGAGCCCGGGGCCCGCGGCCGCGCUGCCGUGCGUAGCCGACUGCCCUGCAGGUACGUUCGUGGAGAGCACGGGCUGCAGGCGGGGCGCGGGCGCAUCCUGCCAGCAGUGCCCGGCCGGCACCUUCUCCAACGCGGCGGGACGCAGCGCUUGCAAACUCUGUCGGAAGUGCGAAGGAAUAUUCAAGUAUUUAAAAGAGUGUUCCUCAAAAAGCGAUGCUGAAUGCACGUGCAAGGACGGGUAUCGCUGCAGUGGCGAUGGCUGCACCCACUGCGACCGAAGCUGUGGUGUGGGCCGAGAGAGCACCGGGAACGGUUGCCAGACUUGCCAGUAUGGAACUUUUAAUGAUCAGCCCGAUGGCUCCUGUAAAAACUGGACAAAGUGCUCUGCAAACCAGGUCCUGGAGCCUGGAACCGCAGAAAAAGAUGUCGUUUGCAAACAUGCCUCAGUUAAUCCCACUUUAGUCACUACUCUACCUACCACAUCGCUUGUAAUUCCGUUUUCUAUCACUGGGCCAGGGAAUGAUCUCCAGACAGACAUUAUCAGGAUUUUUCUCACCGUAGCUGGGCUGUUGUGCAUAGUGUUCCUGCUACCUUUGUGCAUAUGCUUCAGUGUCUGGCAGAAAAAGAAACUACACGCUGUCUUCAAAAAAAUGCAUAUCACACUUGAACAGUCAAUUCAGGAAGAUGACACCUGCAGCUGCCGCUUUCCUGAGGAAGAACAGGGUGAAUAUCAGAACCAUGGCAAAUCCACAGAAUUCAGAGAUUUUUUGGUGAACUAGAAAUUGAACUGUCCAAGUCAACCACAUUUGAAUUUUCUUUUGGAAUACAGAACAAGAACCUGUUUAUGUAAAUAGAGAGGUUAUCAGAAUCUGAGUGUCAGAGUCCCAAAUAGCCCAGCCACUGAGAAAAAAGUGCACCUUUUCCAUCUCUUAAAAAAA